AUGUUUCAAGCAACUCCAGGCAGCACUUUUCGCGCUGCCCUCAACGAAACAUUUAUCAAAACAACCAGUCAUUCAACCAUGCUUCCAAGAGUCAGUCCUUACCAGAAUCCAGUUAAACCACCUUUUGAUCUACCGAAACUGCCCUUACCCAAGAUUGUCUCUGCUCCGUCUCUCGGUUCAUCAACCACACCAUCAUACUGUAAUUCGUUGCCGCCCCUCUUGUCAAGAUAUCAGCAAAAUGAAUCCAGCGAUAGGUCAAAAGUCGUGAAGGAGAACGUUUUAACGCCAGUAUCUUCUACGCCCAUCCUGCCGACUACAAAAUCAGUUGAACAAACCAAAGACAUCAAUACAUCAACAUCGACCUCAGCAAUGACCAUGGCGUCAUCUAAAACUUACACAGCCAUCAGCGUCUCUCAGGGCCAAAAUAGAACAAUCGCCGCUCUCACGGCGGAGAAAUCCCAUCACGAGUUUGAAAAAGACGACAAGGGACAGACACUAAUCACGGAUUCUUCAAUGUCACUUGCAGUUGUCAGUUUUUCAGCAUCUUCCUCUUCAUCUCUGACUUCCACUACAACAACAGACCCUUCCGGUCAGAGGUCAACCCCUGGUGCUUUAAGAGACCACCAUUCAUCUGUUGAUGACUCUGGCGUUGAUCCGAAGGAUUUGGAAAAAAGAAACCGUCGCAAGUUCUAUUGGUAUGGCAGCCACAAGCUCAUCAAGCCCAUCAAAGAUAUCCCUCCUCGAUUUCAGUUAAUGCUUGCCGAGACAAAUGCCGAAAAGGCCCGAUGUGAAGGCCGGCCGAUAAUCCUCCGCCAACACAGUGAUCAGGCAGAUCACUUCAAUAGUGCUGCGACUCCAUCAUUUAAUCCAGACGCUCAAUGCUUCUUGCCAAAUCUCAGUUACGACCCUUCAAGACUUUGUAAUCCUGGUUGCUUAAUGGACAGAAAAGACAUGCAAACAUUAGGAAUCAGUACAUCGUCCAGUGGGGUCAGCAACAGUACAAAUUCUGUGAUAACUUCUUCCGGCGGAAGUGGAAAUAGUAGUGACCCGAUGGGUGACGUAACACCAUCUCUAACCCAACCAGUUCCACCGAUGUACACCCUGCACGUCUAUAGUUCUGCUUGCAAUCCCAGCACUUCAGGGUCCGUUACUGGAACGACCGCGGCUGGCAAUGCAUGCUGUCUUCAUCUGCCAGCGACAAGCGGUGGCCCUACAGGUGGAUAUAUGUCCAACCUUCAACCGAAUCAUUCUCAUCAUCCAGCUUCGAUGACGUCCCCUCAUCUGCAGCAGACCCCAAUCUAUUUCCCGGCCCAGGCUGCUCCACUGCAACCGACUCCAAUUCAACCGACAGCCACCCCCACAACAUCGUAUACUGCUGGACAGCAGACAUAUUCUGCAGUUUUUCCCCCGACUUUGGCUCCAACCCAAACUUUUCUGGCAAACCCAGGAGGGAUGGGGCCUCUUGCGACUGCCACAGCGCAGACGUUCCCAAUCCCACAAUACACACCGUGUGUCACUUAUACACAAAACGCUCAGUACACAGUCACAGCAGUACCCCAGUAA